AUGAGAUUUAGAAGUUCAUCAUCACGGUCAGCAUACGAUGAUACGUUCAAUUCAAGACCACGUAAUCGCACAGAUCAAAGUGUUGUCAACGAGUUAAAGGAUUACGUCACAUCAUCGGAUAAUGGUAACAAAUGCGCUGAAUGUUCAAGUACAUUUCCAACAUGGUGUUCUGUUAACCUAGGUUGUUUUCUUUGCGGUAGAUGUGCUUCUGUUCAUAGAAAGAUUUUAAACCAUGAAUUUUACGUAUCUGAUGUGAAAUCGUUAUCUAUAGACACUUGGCAUUAUAAAGAGAUUGAUCAUUUGAAAAAAUUGGGAGGUAACAAAGGAAAUAAAAAAUUUUGGAACCCCAGAAAUGAGCCUUUUCCUUAUGAUGCAGAAGAUGAUAAAUCUAUUGCAGAACAAUUCGUCAGAAAUAAGUACAUUUUAGGGAAAUAUAAAUAUGACGAGGUUAAACCAGAGGAUUUUGAAGGACUAAAGAGUCGUUCUCGUGCUAAUAGUUGUGGCCAUAGAAGAUCCGGAAGAUAUGAUGAUCAAGAAGUCAGUGAUGACGAUCGAUAUGAAAGUGACUACAGAAGGCAAGUAAGACAAUUAAAAGAAAUGGGCUUCUCUGACAGCGAGAAAAACUUGAAAGCAUUGAAGAAAUCGAAUGGGAAUAUGAAUAGGGCAAUUGACGUGUUGGGUAAAGAGGAGAACAGACAGUCUGUGAAAGAGACUGUUCCAAAUCCAAGUCUACCAGCCAGGCCGUCCACAAGUGCUGGUCCACAACCUGCAAUAUUUGACGGUAUGUCAGACAUGGCUUCAUUGCAACAGCAACAGCCAGUUAUGACAGGUGCUGUUCAACAGUAUCUUGAUCCAGCCACAGGAAUAAUAUACGUGGAUCAAAAUCAAUAUAUAAUGGCGCAGGCCCUACAACAAAACCAACAACAGGCACAGAUGAUGCAAAUGCAACAGGCAGCCCUGCAACAGCAGCAACAAGCAAUUCAGCAGCAAUACCAGCAACAAGUAGCUCUACAACAACAGCAGGUACAUAAUCAACAAAAGAAUGCCAUUCUGGGGCUCUACCAAAGACCAGAUCUAUACACUACACCAGUUGAGAUAACUGAAUCAAAUCCACAAUAUAAGCAACUGUUUCAACAACAACAACAGCAGCAACAACAAUUCCAAAAUCAAUUUCAGAAUCCUAACACGAGGUAA